AGCUUUUAUUGCCCCUAAACUCAAUAGACGAUAACGAGUGCCACCACUUCAGUCUGUGUCAGCACUUCCGCUAUGGAGACACCAAGCUACAUACUUGAAUUGCUAUAGGAUUCUCAUCGCUUCAACACUAUUUCAAGACUCAUCCUUUAAAACAUAGAUGGAAUAAUUUGACUGGAAGAGUGAUUGAAAGUUUGGCUGCAAACUCCAUCUUUAUCGAGUGUUCGGCCUCUGACUCUGCCGUAAAGCACUGGUUAUCAGCAUCAGGUUGUCUUCUGUCCACUUUCAAGAACCGGAGCAAUGGUUCAAACCGCCGACGCCGCUCACCAGACGACUUUAGUCAACUCUGAAAAAAAUGCCUCAUCCUUGUCUCUCGCCAUUCAGAUGACCAGAUACAAACAGGCGGAAUUCGAAGAGGACUCGAGCAGUAUAGGGUCGGUCCAGCUGACUGAGGGGGUGUCCACCACCGCCACCCACAUCCGUUACCACACGGCGACACUCCCUGGGUCGACUCUAUGGAAAGCUCGAACUCUGCUAGAGAAGUGCCUCAUUCUGUGCACCAUUUCCUUGGUCCUUCUUCUAAUAGUCAUCAUCACCGUCCUCGGCUCAAGACCAGACCAGUUCCUACAUGUCGGAACCGCAACAAAUUUUAGAGAUCAUCUUAGUGCUGAAAACAGCCACGAGAGUAGACCACAGUACUGCCUGACGGAGACAUGUGUACGGACCGCGGCAGGACUGCUCUCCUCGAUAGACAACUCCGUGGACCCCUGCGAGGACUUCUACGAGUACAGUUGCGGCUCCUGGGUCCGUGCCAACCCCAUCCCUGACGGCAAGAGCAUGUGGGGCACCUUCGUCAAGCUGGACCAGCAGAACCAACUCGUCGUCAAAAACGCUCUUCAGAAGCCCUACAGUGAGUUGAAGAGCAAAUCUGAACAAAAAGCCAAAUCCUACUACCUGUCAUGUAUGGACGUCAACGAAACCAUAGAAGAGUUAGGGGCUAAGCCCAUGUUGGACCUUUUGGAUCAGGUGGGAGGGUGGAACGUGUCUGGCAGCGCAUGGAACGUCAGUACGUUUAGCCUGCAGACAACACUGCACAUCCUGCAGAACAAAUACAACAUGGGCGGCCUGUUCUCCUGGGCUGUGCAAGAGGAUGAUAGAAACUCUAGCCUCUAUAUUAUACAGAUUGACCAAGGAGGCCUUACUUUGCCCACAAGGGACACCUAUCUGAAUAAGACUGCCAAUGAAAAAGUGCUGACCGCAUACUUAGAUUAUAUGACAAAAAUUGGGGUGUUGCUGGGAGGAGAGCCCAACAGUACUAAAGCUCAAAUGCAGCAGGUGAUUGACUUUGAGACAAAGCUGGCUGAUAUUACCAUCCCCUCUGAGGAUCGCAGGGACGAGGAAAAGAUGUACCACAGAGUAGCAAUUGCUGAACUCCAGGAGAUAGCACCUUUCAUGUCAUGGAAGGACUACUUCUCAGAUGCUCUGCGGCUGGUGAACAAGAAGAUCACAGACAAGGAGAAGGUGGUCGUCUACGCUCCUGACUACUUACGAAACCUCACGAUCAUCAUCCGGGAGUAUAAUGCAACUCUUGAGGGGAAGACAAUACUCAACAACUACCUAGUAUGGCAGACAGUGCGAAGUCUGACUGCGUGUCUGUCCAAGCCAUUCCGGGAUGCAUACAAGGGUCUUCGUAAAGCUCUCAUUGGUGCAGAAGGAGGAGAAGAACCUUGGCGCUACUGUGUGUCUGACACCAACAAUGUCAUCGGGUUCGCCAUCGGAGCAAUGUAUGUGCGGGAACUCUUUCAGGGCAACUCCAAAACUAUGGCAGAGGAAAUGAUAAACAGUGUGAGGACAGCCUUCAAGGAAAACCUCAAGUACCUGACCUGGAUGGACGCGGAGACUCGACUGCUGGCUCAGGAGAAAGCAGAUGCUAUCACCGAUAUGAUUGGGUUUCCUGACUUCAUCUUGGAUGCUGAAAAACUGGACGAGAGAUACAAAGAGUUGAAUGUGAACCAGAACACUUACUUUCAGAACAACAUCCACGCCAACCAGUUCAACCUGAGGAGAAAUCUUCAGAACCUGGGCACUCCUGUCAACAAGACUAGAUGGAACAUGACCCCACCCACGGUAAAUGCCUACUACACACCGACCCGCAACCAGAUAGUAUUCCCGGCCGGUAUCCUGCAGGCGCCUUUCUACGACAUCAGCCACCAGCAGGCUCUCAACUAUGGGGCCAUGGGGGUGGUGAUGGGCCACGAGCUCACUCACGCAUUUGAUGACCAGGGAAGAGAGUAUGACAAGAUUGGAAAUCUUCACCAGUGGUGGAACAACAAAACCAUAGAGAAGUUCAAGAAUCAGACAGACUGUGUGGUCAAACAAUACAGCGACUACGAAAUCAAUGGAAAACACCUCAACGGCAAACAGACCCUUGGUGAGAACAUAGCAGACAAUGGAGGACUAAAGGCUGCAUUUAGGGCGUAUCUGGACUGGGUGUCAAAGAACAAAGAGGAACUACGGCUGCCGGCAUUGAAUCUUACUCAUAGACAGCUGUUCUUCCUCAGCUUCGCUCAGGUCUGGUGUUCAGCAAGCACAGAAGAGGCAACUAACCUGCAGAUAGAAAAAGAUGCACACGCUCCACCCAAGUUCCGAGUCAUCGGUUCCUUGUCCAACUCACCAGACUUUGCCCGAGAGUUUAAUUGUCCACUCGGCUCAAAAAUGAAUCCUGUAAAGAAAUGUGAAGUAUGGUAGACAGUAAAGACCAGUUACCGGUAAUCAAGGAUCAGUAUGGUUGAUGAUGGACUGAUUUUAGACCAAAGAGCAAGAGUUUCAAAGUUGGUUUUACAAACAUUGGUUUGGUAAUGUCAGUUGCAGCAUGGCAUUGUUACCAAAUCUGUAAAUUUAUACAGAGUUCUUAUUCUCUCACUUUUUUAUGACCACCACUAUUCAUUUACAUUUGUACUAUUGGUCAGAUUUUAAUAGAAAAUAACUCUAAUUAAUCAUAUGUUUAUUUAAUUUUGUUAUUUACUUAAUUUGUACUAAAUGUUCAGUUAAGUUUUGUGUACACUAAUAGAGUUUGCAUCAGAAAUCAGAAAACAUUAGCAUUAGCAUUAGUAGUGAGGCAUAUUUGGUUAUUCACAAGCAUUGCGUUCAGAAUUGGUGUCAAUAAAAUACAAUUUAAAAAUAUACAAUAAUUUGUAUGAUAAAAUGAAUGACAUCAGUGGGUUUUGGCAGUUCUUCAUCCCUUGCCUGUUGUACAAAGCUGUUGUCAGACUAUUUACAUGGUCCAGGCAUUCGUUGAAUAUGUAAAUUGAUUUAUAUACAAGCCAGCAGCACAGUUCUUUGUUAAACUUUAUUUCUUCUAUUCUCUUAAAAUGGAUUGGUAGUGCAUUAUAUAGUCUUCCCCCAGGGUACAAUGGCUUUUUGGAAAAUAGAGCGAUCCUGUAUACAGUUGUAGCAGGUUGAAGCCAACCCCACUUCUUGCUGUUCAACCAUGUUGGCUGUUGCUUAGUUCAAGAUAGCAGCAUGCAUAAUGACUUCUAGUUAGUACAAAGAUGUGAUGUGAUCCAUUAUUCACUGGGUUUUGUUAUCUGAGAAUGUCUCCAAAGUAUAAUUCCAUAUCAGACUCAUCAGCAAUGACUCUUUUAUAUUAGGCACCCAUUUUUAGGUAUUGAAUUUUGUUGAAUAUCAUUGAGUAUAUUGUUUGUUGUUUAUUCUUUGCUAGGUAUUUCGGACUGUUUCUCUGUUAGUCGUCUACGCAAGUCAGCUGCAUCGUCUCGAGUUGAAAAGAUCAUCAAUUCACCAUCUUUGCAAUUGUUAAUGAUAAAUGUGGUUUUGCUACAGCCAGGGACUCCUUGUACUAACUGGGAUUUUAUCCCUUUGUUUACAUGAAUUUCUUUGACAGAAUUAAAUGAUCUCAGCUGACUCGUCACCACAGUACCAUCAGAAAGAAACCAGGAGGAUAUCAUUUGCCAGUUUAAUGUUUUGGUUAACUGAGUAUUUUAGUUUGUUGUAGCAUAUUAGUGUACAAAUUUCGCUCCAUCAAAAAAAGUAUUACCUUACAGAGUCCCUUUUGAUCAAAUGAUCUCCUGAUUUCAGGUUGAUUAUGUUAUAGUUGGAAUUGGAUAUUUCUAGUGUGUAUUUCAGUGAUUGACUUUGCAGUGACUCUUCACUUACAGAAUUUCACAAGUUAUCCUCAUAGAAUUGAGACAUUUUUAGGAGUCUAUUGUUUUCUGCUUGCUGCCACAGGUACUUCUGUUCCUCCGUUGCUGCUCUGGAGAAGUCUAAAAUUUUUCUUCACCUGGAGCAGUCGACAUUGUGGGGUCGGUGACAGGCUGAGAUGCAGCUAAUGUCCUCCAUAUACUAAAGAUCUCUGAGUAUUCGCCCUCUUAUUAUUUGUGCCAAUCUCAGCUGAUUAUUAAAGCAGAUGUCUAUAAUCUGAUCAGCUGUGUUUUUUUAACUUUAUCAUGAUUAUAUAACCUAUCUGUGUAGAUAGGCAUGAUUUUCAAACUGAAGUAUUAUUUGGAAUAAUUUUUUGAUUACUGCUGCAAUUAGCUGUAUUGGGUACCACAUUUCUUAAAAUCCAAAGAAAAAAGUAAAGGGAAUUUAAUACAAUCAUUCACAAUCUCUAGGAACUUGACCAGCUUGCUUUCCAGUUAUUAGUGAUUGAAGAAUAGCAAAUAACGAAAAAACUUUUUCUUGGAAGGAAGAGGUAUAAAUUUAUUUAAAAAUAUUUUUGGUUUGUCUGAGCCCUUUUUGAAAUUUCUUCAAUUAAUUUUACAGAUAAGUGAACAAGUAUCUUAUCAUAAAACCCAAUACCAUCAGCAGCUUGCCAGUCUUCAUCAUUAUUUAGUUGUGAUGUGGUCAGGGUGGUUUCAUAAGGUAUCAAUGUGGAAGUUUUUAAAUUACUAAUGUUAGCUGAAUGUGUAGGGUUGAGGAAGGAAAAGCGUCCAGUGUUAUUGUUAACAGCAGUGCUUCUUAUUAUUCUCUUACAUAGUGUUCUGGUUUAAGGUGUGUAAGAAUGUUCAUCACUGAGUUCUUAUUUUUUAAUGUAUUCAACAUUUUGAUGUAUCGAGAUUAAAUAGGAGUUUGUUCCUGCAGUGAUAUUGUGAAUCUCUGGUUUAUGACUUGAUUUUAAUUUUUUUUAUAUAAUAGAAUUAUUUACUUCGGCUUUUUUGUACUGCCUGUGGUUUUGGUUGUCCUGUCUGAUUUUUAUUCAUCAUGAACUUCAAUAAUGAUUGAAUCCUAAAAAGUACUUGCUCCACUGGGAUGCAAACCCAGAUCUCACUGCUGGGCGAGCGUGCUACCACUACACCACAGAGCCCUUACUUUUUACUAUUCAAUUAUUUUGUAUUUGACCACUUCUGUCACAUUUGUGUUUAAAUAACCAAACUAAUUUAUAAUCGAAAGUAACUUAUAUAUAUAUAUAAGUACCUAUAAAAUUGUGUGUAAUAUGAUUCAUGUUAUAAUUAAAGUAUAUUUAUGUAUGUAAAAUCAACUUUGAUACAUUUAAAUAAGUUGUAGCCAAUGCAAUGAUUUACUUAGAUUUUAAUAAUAUUAUUUUACCAAAGUAUGAAACUAGUGUAUUGCCAUUGUCAGUUUUAUGCAAGUAUUUUUAUUUAUUUUAGUUCAGAUUUUUAUUUUCAUUGUCAUAUGUUUAGGUGUUAAAAAUAGGCUAAUGAAAGAUAAGAUGUCCAUGGGAUUUUUCGAGUUCCAUGUUAUUGAUCUUAAUUGAAUUGUGGAUUAUGUUUUCGUAUAAUACUAUUAUUAUUAUUGGUAAGUAAAUAUUUAUAAUUUUUUACUUUAUAUUGAUUUUUUUCAUGGAAUAGAAACAAAAAACAUAUUUUAGAAUGACAAUCAAAUUUUCUUAAACUAUUUUAUUACAGAUAAAAUUUACUUACUUAAUUUUACAUUUAAGAAAGUAUUGUAAAAAACACGCAUAUCUUUGGGUAAAAGUCAUAGUUUACUGGGAAAAAAUUUUAAUUUUGGUUUUCAACAUAUUUGCUGUGAUCUAUGUUAGUUGUUAAUAUAUUAGUUACCUAUAAACAGUGCAUAGGUGUUACUACUGUACAACAUCAUUAAAAAACAAAUUUUAUUCAGCUUUGUUCCUGAACCUUUUGUUCCUAUUUAGUAUGUGUUAUGCAUUGAUAUUUUUAUUCCAGAAUUGGUUAAAAUUGAAAUUUUCAGAUUAAAAUUUGGUUUUAAAUUAAAACCAAGCAGCUAUUUUUUUAGACCAAACUUAAGGUUAUUCAAAGAAUUUGUAGUUUAAUUAUUAGUUUCAUAUAAUUAUUUUUUUAAUUAAACUAAUUGCUGCUAUGCUAUAAAUAAACAUUUAAAUGUAUAUAAUAUAAUUUCAAACAAUUACAAAAACUAUUAAAUAAAAAUAGUUAUAAAAACUAAAAUAUUCCAACCAAAUUUUACAGCCCAACUUGCUUUCAUAAACACUUUAUAAUCAGAAAUGUAACAAAAUUAAAAAUCACAAUCGUUUCAAAGCUGUGUUUUCUACAGAUACACAUUUUUUUAAAGAUGAAAUUUAAUAUCUGUGUUUAUUAUUUAGACAGCAGCAAAUAUGUUCAUGGAACCAAUGAGUUAACAAUGGGACCAAGUCCUUUUCUUAAUUUUACUAUAAUUUACUUUAUUUUGAACCGGAGUAGGUUUGAAUUCAUAGAAAUACACAAAAAUAAAUUAUUUAGAGCUGGCAGGAGGAUUAACUUUUGAAAAUUAUUUUUCUGAAAUUAAAAGCAUCUAAAGGGUUACUGUAAUAAAUUUAUCUUAUGGUAUUUUACACGUAGUAUUUUAAUGGAUUCAAUUUGAGUUUUUUUUUUUUUUUUUAAUAUUAAUUAACUCUUGUUUCAUCAUUACAAGUUUAAUAUUUGUUUUAGAUUUACAGUUAAAAUGUUGAAAUGUUAAGACCAGAUGUGGAUAUGAUUGUUGUACCAUAAGUUAGGAAAAAAUCAUAAAUAUGUACAUCUUCACGACCCUAGUCCUGUUUGUUUGUGGAUCAUUUAUCAACUGUUGUAUUUUUGUGUUGUGCCAAAAUGGACAAUUCAACGCUGUGUGAGUAAAAUGUGUAAGUGCAUAAGAACUCAGGCCUACUGGUUGGGCCAGCUUGAACAAAUGUAAAUAGUUUUAUGUGAUACUGUUGCUUUCAACUAGAAAUAAGUGAACACAAACUUUUUUAAGGACUGGUAAAUAAUUGAUGAUCUAAUUUACCAAUGUACAGUUAAAUUAGUUUUUUCACUUACUAACAACGCUCGCAGUUAAUUGUUAAUAUUUAUAUAAUCUACCAGGGUAAAAUGACAAAAACGUUUUAUACGCAUUGGUUUUAAACUUGAUUGUCUAUAAAAUUGUAUGUGCUUUCCCAUAAUUCAUAGCUUAGGACCAUUAUAUGGAUUCAAAAGAAGAUUUAAAGCGAACAAAAUUGAGGAGCUGUGUAAAGAUUUGAUCCGGUUGUUCUAGGUUUUGGAGGUAUUUUUAGUUGUAAAUUAAAUGUUUAAAAAACAAAAAUGGGGUUAAUGUUUCUUGAACGCCCGCAGGUUAAAGUGUUGCCAAAUGGGCAAUAGUAUGUCUUGAAACAAACUCAAGGAAGAGAGAACAAACUGAUUGAGUUGCUGCCUUGAAAUAGAUGAACAUAGGGAGAAAGUCAAACAGGAUCUGAUUUAUGCAUACUCACAAGAUAUCUCUCUGAUUAAAUUGUGUAAGAUAUUGUCAAUUAAUAAUUAUGAUAAUACUAGACAUCGGUUAAAGAAAUAAAAAUGUUGUGAUGAAAAUCUGUAAUAAAUUAAAAACAGAAUGGUAAAUGUAAAUUAAAAAGCUAGAAACAUUAUGUCUGGGUCUAGAAAUAAAAUUCAGCUCCAAUUUACAUCUAAUUUAAAACAAGACAGUUCAACAACUGAUGAAAAUCUGACAAUUUUUAAGACUGCAAGCUAAUGACCAUGGAGAGGAUUAAAUGUAUUCUGUAACAUGUUUGCUAUCAAAGAGUACAGUAGUAAUGUAUGGCGUGAUUUUUACUAUUAGUUGCUAAAGUGUUAAAACGAAUCAAAACUCCUAACUUUGGUAUUAUUGAGAUGAUGAAACUUAAUUUCAAACAGACUUAUUCUAAGAGAUAGAGCAUACCUUUUCAGUAUAUUUAAGAUUUUUGAGUGUUAUCAAGAGGUUCUCAAAGUGUUAAAACGAAUUCACUUCACACAUUACUUUAAAGAUUUCGACUAGGCAAGUCAAAUUUUUACAACAAAACAGAUUUUGGAUAAUCCUAAAAUAAUACCCCUUUUGGUACACUUUAACCUUUUGUCAGUGGCUGAGUAAAAAGGGUUAUUAAAGUUUAACAUGUUUUAUAAAUAAUAAAUAUAGAAAUAUGCACACACUAUCAACAUACAUACAUAUUGAUAUAUUCACUUUUAGUUAAAUGAGACAGUUUCUAAAUAACUAUAAACUAUUUGAUCAUAAAGAUGCACAAAAGUAUUUCUCAUUGUAUACAAUUUGAGUCUAUACCUGGUACAUUUGUUGUUGUGGUUGAACAAAAGAUCUUAUGUUAAAUGUAAGCAUAAAAUGCGUUUAAAAAUAGUUGUUAGCCACCAAACUAUUAAAUAUGUAUCAUUUUCGUUUUCAUGUUGUACCUGCUAAAACGGAUAUCAGAUAUCUUGUUAAAUUUGUUUACUCGCUGCUCAAGAAACUAAGAGAAAUUCCUGUUUGUUUGAUAAUUUGUUGCCUGUUAGUGUUGUUUGUUUAGUUGAUGUCACAAUAGUAUUCAUAAAUUUCAUGGGCUUAUUUGUACGAGGUCGUUUGUAUUUUAACCAAUAUUUAUAAUCUUGUCUGUGAUAACAACGAUAGUAUGAUAAGGUAGCGUAGGACUUGUAAUUAUUUACAUAUUGUAUGUAUAACGAUUAUGUUCAUUGAUAUCAUUAUGCAAAUACAAUAAACUUGUAUUAUAAAAUAAAA